CUCAGGUCUGAGUGAAAUAUGAACUUAUCAGUGGGUCCAGGAGCCAACAUGAGUUUUCCUUAUCAGCUCACAUUCAUCAGAGACACGUUCACCACAGCGUUUGUGAAGAACCUGAUCGUGGUUCUUGUCUGGCUCAUCCUCAGUUACAUCAACGGCACCUUGGUCGCCACUUUUUUCAGACACCAGACCUUUUACGAAGACCCUCGCUACAUCCUUUUCAUCCACAUGGUGAUAAAUGACGCCAUCCAGCUGACGGUCACCAUCACGCUGUUUGUUCUGAGCUACAUCUUCUACAAGAUCAACGUCUCUUUCUGCUGCUUCUUCAUCCUGGUGGCAGUCUUCACCACCAGAAACACCCCAGUCAACUUGGCCAGCAUGGCCAUAGAGCGCUACAUAGCUAUCUGUGAACCUCUGCGUCACUCCCAAAUCUGCACAGUGAGAAAAACGCACAUGGUCAUCGGGUUGAUUUGGUUUAUAUGUAUGGCUCCAGAUAUCACGGACUUAUUUGUGACUCUGGCGACCGAGUCCCUGAGCUUCUUUCACGAGUCGGUGUUCUGCCUGCGCCAGAACGUGUUCAAAGACCCGAUCCUUGCGUACAAAAGACAAGCCUUUGACAUCAUCUAUUUCUCCUGCGUGUGUCUGAUUCUAAUCUUCACCUACUUCAGAAUCAUGUUCGUGGCCAGGGCCAUAUCCACAGAGAAGAGGUCCGCCCAUAGAGCCAGGAACACCAUCCUGCUCCACGGUGUCCAGCUGGCCAUGUGCCUGCUCUCCUACAUCUCCCCCAGCGUGGAGCUGGUUCUUCAUCUAAUCUUUCCCGGUAGAAUACUAGAGAUCAGGUUUGCCAACUACCUGAUCGUCUACAUCCUGCCGCGGUUCCUGAGCCCGAUGAUCUACGGCGUCAGAGACAAAAAGUUCAGGAAGUACUUGAGGAUGUACCUCCUGAGCAUCAGGUGCAGGGGGAAACCGCAAAGUGUGACACCGCAGCACCAGCAAAGAAUGUAACUGAUUAUAUAGAAUUAAAGUUUUGACUGAAAAUUUCAUCUCUGU